GUCCCCUGAUUGAAGAGUAUUAACGAUCUUGAUGCAAAACAUAAAAAUGGCGACGAAAGGUGCGAGUGAAAACGUGGAGUUAGGUUUUUUGGAGGAAACACAUCCAGACUUACUACGAAGCCACUAUUUCCCAAGUAAAGUGGGUGGUAAACCUUCCUGGCUGUCUCUUACGCAGCUUCCUGUAGAAGUAAACUGUAAAGUAUGUGGUAAAUCUGCCAUUUUCCUUUUGCAAGUCUAUUCCCCUGAUGAAAAAGUGUCGUCUGCUUUUCAUCGAACCAUUUUUGUUUUCGUAUGUCGGAAUCCUGGCUGUUCAAUCAGAAAUUCUAAUAUUAAUUUUAUGGUGUUCCGAAGUCAACUGCCUCGUCAAAAUGACUUUUAUAGCCCAGACCCUCCAAACGAGAAUGUAAAGACCGAUGGCCCUGUUCCCGAUGCAGCUCUCUGUCGUGUUUGUGGAGCCCUAGGACCUAAACAGUGUGCAAAAUGUCAUUUAGCUUCGUACUGUAGCAAAGAUCACCAGGUCAUCGAUUGGAAGAAUGGACACAAGGCUAUGUGUUUGGCCAAUGAUAAAACGGGAAAAACAGAUGUGAAAGGUGUGCUCUUCCCAGAACUAGAACUUAUCACAGAAUCUGAGGAAUUUGAUGAUGUCAACUCUGACGAUGAAUCUGAUACAAAAGGAGAAAAUGAAAAGUGGCAAGAAUACCAAGACUUCCUCAAAUCAGACAAAGCAGGCAGUCUAAUACCAGAUACUGCCGCAAAAAGUGAACUGGAGAAAAUGGCCACAGCAGAAAAUAUGGAUGACAAGAUUUUCAGAAAAUUCAAGGAACGGAUAAAGACAAAUCCUGAGCAAGUUUUAAGGUACCAUAAAGGAGGCCAGCCAUUAUGGGUGUCGAUGAAUCACAUCCCCAGUGAAACAGAUAUCCCAGCAUGCUCUUGUGGAGCCAAACGGCAAUUUGAAUUUCAAGUGAUGCCACAGAUGUUGAGCCAUCUUCAGGUUGACCAGCUCGGGGACAGUCUGGACUGGGGAACCCUGUGUAUUUAUACUUGUAGUAACAGCUGUCAGAUAGGAAACUCCUAUCAACCAGAGUUCAUCUGGAAACAGGACUAUGCUGCAGAGGAGCAGUAACUUCAUGCUAUGUCUGUGAAAUGAAUAUGUCCUGUUUAUCAAAGCGUUGUUAUUAAAGUUUGACCGCCAGAUGUGUGUUGAACAGUAAUUGAUAAGAUUUAUGAAUAAAAGAAUCUUACACUCCUA